AUGCCUCAGAAUUCCCCCACACUCAGUACGCAGAAUGAGAAUUCACAAAGCCAUUUGGCUGAAGAAAGCCACCCCCCCAGUUCCAAGGUCAGAGGCAAAGACCCUGUCACUGCAAGGCUACGCACAGCCUGUGAUGGCUGCCAUGCUGCCAAAAUUCGCUGUACAGGAGGUACACCCUGUGCUCGAUGUGAGCGAGACAAUCUCCAAUGUCACUACAGCUAUAAGGCCAAGAUUGGAAAGCCGAAAGGCAGCAUGAAUAAAAAGACAUUAGAGCGUCUCCGGGCUAUGAGAGAGGCACAGGAGAAGGAACGGAAGCCACCAUCAACAGCAGAUACGGAUGUUGAAAAGACCAGGGCCAUCGACUCUACAAUGCCGUUAAUGAGCAGCAACGAUAUAGAAAGGCCGACGUUGGACAUAGCAAACUCUCUGCCCGAAGCCCAAGAGGCCCUCGAUAUACACAGUCCAUCCAACUUCACUCUGGAUUCGUCUCCAUUCCAGGACCUGGUGUUUCCGGGAGAUACACCUCUGGUUGAGAUGGAUGCCUGGCUGAAUGACACGGCAGGAGACCAGAAGAAUUGUGCUGAAGUUUUCCAACUACCCAACAUUUCCCCCGCAGAUCUCCAGCUUCAAAACAUAAACACGGACCUGUUGAACACCAGAAGACACAACGAAGACACACAGAAUCUCAUACUCGAGCACCUAGCCCACUACAACACCCCUCUCUCGGAGUCAGCCUUCCCAGCAGCAUCGUUCACCACAAAAUCCCCCGGCAGUCAUACCCAUACCCAUAACCACAACCACGCCAGAUCCGAAUACAAAGUCGUCCCAGUACCAUUAUUCACCCCAUCCACAACAACAACAACAACACCACCACCACCACCACCCACCACCGCUACCACUACCAUCAGCCAUCACUACGACUUCUCCCACCCAGAGCCCCCCCAAACACCGCACUCCUCCUCCUCCUCCUCAUCAUGCACCUGCUUCUCAACCCUAACCGCGCACCUCUGCCAACUCCAGUCCCCCCACCAACAGCACCACCACCCCAAACACUCCCUACGCCUCGACACCCUCCUCCUCCAAUCCCAACGCAUCCUCCCGGCAACCCGCACCCUCCUCCGCUGCCAAUCCUGCACCGUCGACUCGCAGGCCCUCUUCCUAGCGCACAUGGUCCUCUCGCGUCUCCUAGCAUGGACGCAGGUCUCGAUAUCCGCCUGCGAAACACGAGGCAUGCUCGCAGAGGUCCGGCUGGGGAGGUUCCAGGUCUCCGGGGAGUUCGGGGCCGCGGUGACCGCGCUCCUGAUCCAGAGGCAUUUGGCGGACCUGAAGAUGACGGUGGGGGUCUUUGAGCAGAAGGUUGUGCAUGUGGUGCGUGGGGACGCGGAUGCGGCGUACUUGAGAUUGCAGGGGAAGAAUUUCCACCGGGAGAUUGAGAGGUUGGGGGGGGAUAUUCCGAGGAUAUCUGUGGGAUAG